CAAAUUUCCACCGUAUAUAUUUCUAAAUUCACAAAGCUAUCGAAAGGACAUACGAAAAAUGAAGGAGCAGGUGCUAGCACAGGCGCCGAAGCAAAUUCAUUGCAUUCAGUUUGGAGUUCCGAGCCCACACGAUAUUCGUCAGGCGGCGGAGGUGGUGAUUAACCAGCGCGAUCUCUACACGGCCGAGACUCGCAAGCCUGUCCCCAAUGGCGUACUGGAUCCGCGGCUGGGUACGUGCGGACAAAACAUGUCGGACUGUGUCGGCCAUUGGGGAUUCAUCGAUCUGUGCAUGACGCAGACGAUUCUGCAGGAUAUUUGCAAGACGUGCGCACGCGUGAUGCUUGAGGAGUCGGAUCGGCGCAUGUUCUUGCGCAGGCUGAGGGCCCCUGGAAUCGAUGGGCUGCAAAUGCGCCUGAUCGUAAAGGCAGUCAAUGACCGCUGCAAGAAGGUCACAUAUUGCCCACACUGUCUGGCAACCAAUGGCGUGGUGAAGAAGGGUGGUCCGCUGAAGAUUGUGCAUGACAAGUACCGCCAGAAGCGCACGGCCGACGAGCAGGAGGACUACAGAAAGACGCUCGCGAAUGCGGUAGAUGCCGAUCCGCAGCUGAAGCCGUUUGUGGAGAAAGCGCAGACCGAGGAGAUGACUCCGCUGCGUGUGUACCAGCUGUUCAAGAACAUUUCGGACGAGGACUGCGAGCUGAUGGGAAUGAACCCGGACAGCGGCCGUCCGGAGUUGUUCUUGUGGACCAGCGUGCCAGUUCCGCCAGUUUGCAUUCGUCCGUCUGUCGCUCAGGACGGUGCCAGCAACGAAGACGAUCUGACUGUCAAGUUGUCAGAGAUCAUCUUUACCAACGCGCUCAUUGAGACUGGCAUGAAGCAGGGCGCUGGCACGAUCAACAUCAUGGAGCAAUGGGACUACCUUGGCCUGGCCAUCGCCAUGUACAUUAACAGCGAUGUGCCCGGUGUGCCCAUUUCGGUGGUGGGCAAACCAAUCCGUGGCUUCACCCAGCGUUUGAAGGGUAAGCAAGGUCGUUUCCGUGGUAACUUGUCGGGAAAGCGAGUCGAUUUCAGUGGUCGCACUGUCAUUUCGCCUGAUCCCAACAUGCGCAUCGACGAGGUUGCCGUGCCGCAGCGUGUGGCGAAGAUCCUGACCUACCCGGAGCGCGUGACGCCGCACAACCUGAAGCGGCUCCAGAAAAACGUGCGCAACGGUCCCGAUGUGCACCCUGGUGCCAACUUUGUCGUCUUUGGCUCCAGCGGCCAGAAGCGUAUGCUUAUUAGGUCGAUCCGCGAGCAGACUGCCGACAAUCUGCGUGUCGGCGACAUCGUUGAGCGCCAUCUGGUCAACGGCGAUGUUGUGCUAUUCAACCGCCAGCCGUCUCUGCAUCGUCUGUCGAUCAUGGCUCACUCGGCGCGCGUGAUGCCCUGGCGCACGUUCCGCUUCAACGAGUGUGUGUGCACUCCCUAUAACGCCGAUUUUGACGGAGAUGAAAUGAACCUGCAUCUGCCGCAGACUGAAGAGGCACGUGUCGAGGCACGCGAACUGAUGGGCGUUCGCAACAACCUGGUGACGCCGCGCAAUGGUGAGCCCAUCAUUGGAGCCACUCAGGAUUUCAUUACCACCGCGUUCCUGAUCACGCAGAAGGACCGCUUCUACGAUCGGUCUCAGUUCACACAGAUCGUCUCUUAUUGCUUUGAUGCCAACGUGUUCAUCGACAUUCCGCCACCGUGCAUCAUCAAGCCGCGUCGGCUCUGGUCGGGCAAGCAGGUCAUCAACGUCCUGAUGCGGCCCAACUACGCAACCAAGAUGUUCAUCAACUUGGAGACCAAGACCAAGAUGUUCAAGCGCUCUGCCAUCCCUGAUCUCUGCCCCAAUGACGGCUACAUGAUCAUUCGUAACAGUCGAGCUUCUAGCGUUGUUGGUGACGGUAAGAAGAAGUCGAUCUUCUUUGAGGAAGCUGCAGCGAUCAUGAACCGCCUGGCCAAGCUGUCUGCGCGCUGGAGUUGCAACCAGGGCUUCUCGAUCGGGUUGUCAGAUGUAACUCCGGGCAAGAUAUUGAGAGACCGCAAGGACAAGUUGAUCGCCGACGCGUACAGCACGUGUGACGGGUUCAUUGAUGAGAGCCGGCGCGGUGUUCUUGAGACCCUGCCAGGGUGCGAUCAGGCGAAGACGCUCGAGGCCAUCAUCUCUGGAGAAUUGAGUGGAGUUCGUGAUAAUGCCGGUAAGAUCUGUAUGGAGGAGCUUGGCCGCUUCAAUGCUCCGCUGAUCAUGGCCCAGUGCGGGUCCAAGGGAAGCCCUGUCAACGUGUGCCAGAUGGUUGCCUGUGUCGGCCAGCAGAUUGUCAGCGGCACGCGUAUUGCCGACGGAUUCACUGACCGUACUCUGCCGCACUUUUUGAAGCGCUCGCGCACGCCCGAGGCGAAGGGAUUCGUCGCCAGCAGCUUCUACACCGGCCUGUACCCGACUGAGUUCUUCUUCCAUGCGGGAUCCGGCCGUGAGGGUCUUGUCGACGCAGCUGUUAAGACCGCUGAGACAGGCUACAUGCAGCGCCGUCUUGUCAAGGCGUUUGAGGACCUGCGCGUACAGUAUGAUUCAUCUGUGCGCAACUCGUCGGGCACAGUGGUGCAGUUUGAGUACGGUGGCGAUUCGCUUGAUCCCUACCGCCUCGAGGGUGAUGGUGUUCCUGUUCUCUUUGACCACAACUGGACGUUCAUCAGAAACACCACCGAGGUAUCGCCAGAUGAAGAGCACCUGGCACCAUUCCAGAUCAAGCAUAUCGUCGACAAGGUCAUCCUGGAGCCGCGGUUUGUUGACUGGACCAAUUCGUACUGGCGAGACGAGAUAAAGGAGUAUGUUCACCAGUCGCUGGCGGGACGUCUUGGCGAGCUGCGUGCGGCAUACAAGCUUAAGCCAUACCACGACAUCCCCGCUGAGCUGACCGGCGAGUCCGCUAAGCCCAAGGGCCGUGGGAAGAAGGCAGCGAAGGCAGCUGAUUCCGUGGAGGCGAGCUUGGAAGACAUACUUUCGUGGUCACUGGGUAAGGCUGAUGCCAAUGCACCGUCUGCGGCGCGCAGGAUCGUCGACAACAAACUCGUUGUCACCCGCACAUGCCUGGAAAAGUUCCUUGACCUGUGUAUUACCAAGUACCAGAGAUCGCGUGCCGAUCCUGGCAGUGCGGUUGGAGCCGUUGGAGCGCAGAGUAUUGGAGAACCGACCACGCAGAUGACGCUAAAGGCGUUCCAUUUCGCCGGUAUUGCCAGCAUGAACGUGUCGAUGGGUGUGCCGCGCAUCAAGGAGAUUAUCAACGCAGCCAAGAAUAUCUCGACGCCUAUUGUCGAAUGCAAGCUGAUCAACGAAGAGAGCGAGUCGUCGGCGCGUAUCGUCAAGGGUCGUAUUGAGCGCACAUUGCUAGGAGAUAUCACUCAGAGUAUCGAGGAGGUGUAUACGGCGACCAGCUGCUAUCUUGGCGUCACAAUCGAUAUGGAUGUCAUCAAGAAGCUGCAGUUGGAGAUCGACCUGGCCGACAUCUGCAAUGCAAUCGCAAGCGCGCCCAAGCUCAAGAUUGGAAACAAUGUCAUGAGACGUGCCCUGCCCAACAUCAUUGUGCAUGGUGUGCCCAGCGUGCAUCGGGCAGUCAUUAUGAAGAAGGAAAAGGGCACCGGCGUAAAACUGUCUGCGGAAGGAUACGGCCUGCUCGAGUCGAUGAACACCGAUGGUGUCGAUGGACGAUAUACGCACAGCAACCACAUCAUGGACAACCUCAAGAUCCUGGGUAUUGAGGCGGCGCGCACCCAGAUGAUCAAGGAGCUGGCGGCUAUUUUCACCACAUACUCGAUCGGCGAGAUUCUCGGCAUUACCCGGUACGGUAUCGCCAAGAUGAAUGACUCGGUCAUGAUGCUGGCGUCGUUUGAAAAGACAACCGACCACCUGUUCGACGCCGCUGUCUUUGGCAAGCGCGACAUGGUGCACGGUGUGUCUGAGCGUAUCAUCAUGGGCCAGCAAAUGCCGAUUGGCACUGGCAUCCGACCAAGCGCCCGCUGCUGUUUGACGACCCAAGCCCAAGGCACCGCAUCGUCGAUACCAGUAGCUAUUGCUGCGUAA